AUGAAGGUUGAGUUUGCUCCUCUCUCCACACCACUGCCCAGAAGGCUUCAGACAGCAGCAGUGGCCCAAUGGGUCUUCAGCUUCAUAGCUCUAGCACAAUGCUGCACAGUUGCCUUCAUUGCCCUCUUCUUCACCCGAUUCUGGCUGCUCAGUGUCCUCUAUGCCACGUGGUGGCUCCUCGACUGGGAAAAACCCAGGAAAGGUGGGAGGAGGAUCCAUGCCCUCCGGAAAAGCAUCGUCUGGAGGUACAUGAGGGACUAUUUCCCCAUCACACUGGUGAAGACAGCAGAGCUGGACCCUAAGAAGAACUACCUGAUGGGAUUUCAUCCCCACGGGGUCCUGGCAACAGGAGCCUUUCUCAAUUUCUGCACAGAAGCAUCAGGAUUUUCCACACUCUUCCCAGGAUUCACCCCACACGUGAUGAUGCUCUCCCUCUGGUUUCGCAUCCCUUUCCUCAGGGAUUAUGUGAUGAGUGGAGGGCUUGUUCCAUCCGACAAGGAGAGUGCAUCCUACGUGCUGAGGAAGCCAGAGGGUGGAAACCUGCUGACCAUCAUUGUUGGUGGGGCACAGGAGGCCUUGGAAGCCCGGCCAGGAUCCUACACCUUGGUUCUUAAGAACAGAAAGGGAUUUAUUCGCCUGUCCAUCGAACACGGCACCCCACUGGUUCCCAUCUUUUCCUUUGGGGAGAAUGAUCUCUUUGAGCAGGUGAGCAACCCCAAAGGCUCCUGGUUACGACGGAUCCAGCAUCGGCUCCAGCAGCUCAUGGGCAUCUCCCUUCCCCUUUUCCAUGGAAGAGGCAUCUUCCAGUACAGCUUUGGGCUCAUCCCAUACCGACGACCCAUCUUCACUGUGGUUGGGAAGCCAAUUCCAGUGCAGAAGAAGUCCAGACCCUCCACUGAAGAAGUUGAUCGAGUCCAUCAGAAAUACCUCAAUGAACUGAGCAAGCUUUUUGAGGAGCACAAAGGGAAAUACAACAUCCCAGAAGACAGACACCUGGAAUUUAUCUAG